ACAUACACUCGUGGCAAAGCUUGCUGGCGGCCCUUUCUUCCUCUUUGUCCUUCGCUGCCACGUGAGAGGGGAGUGUGCGCGUGUGCGCGCGUGCGAGUGUGCUAGUGUGCAGUCCCCUACUCGUCCUGGCCUGUUUCGAGCCGCGCGGGAGCGCACAAAGGCCGGCGGCUCCGGCGCGUGCGCGGGGUGCGGGAACGGGCGGCGUCACGUGAUCGCGGGGCCGCGGGUGCGCGUGCUCGAGCGCGACUCGGCGGCGGCGUCUUUUUCCACAGAUCCUGGUCCCUACAAAUAAGCGUGCUCAUGUGAGAUAAGAAAGGAGUUCCUGGAACCAGGAAUUCAUUCUCAGUGUAGAAGACCUAGCCGAGCCCUCACUCCACAGUUUUGGGGCAGAAGCAGAAGAGACGCACAGUAGAACCUGUCUCAGCCUUGCUGAUCAUCUCCUACAGCAGCAGAAAAUGACCAUGUUACAGGAGUCAUUCUCAUUUGAUGAUUUAUCUGUGGACUUCACCCAAAAAGAGUGGCAGCUCCUGGAUCCCUCUCAGAAGAAUUUAUACAAGGAUGUGAUGUUGGAGAACUAUAGCAGCCUAGUGUCACUGGGGUAUGAAGUUAUGAAACCAGAUGUCAUCUUCAAAUUGGAGCAAGGAGAAGAGCCAUGGGUAGGAGAUGGAGAAAUUCCAAGUUCAGAUUCUCCAGAAGUCUGGAAUGUAGAUGGUAACAUGAUGUGGCACCAGGAUAACCAAGACAAGCUUAAAAUUAUAAAAAGAGGUCAUGAAUGUGAUGCAUUUGGAAAAAAUUUCAAUCUGAACAUGAACUUUGUUCCUUUAAGGAAAUCAAACAAUGAAGGUGACUUAGAUGGAUUGAUUUUAAAACAUCAUUUAGAUUUGCUUAUUCCAAAAGGAGAUUAUGGAAAAGCAGAAUCAGAUGACUUUAAUGUGUUUGAUAAUUUUUUUCUCCAUUCCAAGCCUGAGGAUACUGAUACCUGGUUAAAGUACUAUGACUGUGAUAAAUACAAAGAGAGCUAUAAAAAGUCACAGAUUAUCAUAUAUCAUAGAAAUCGUUUAGGGGAGAAACUCUAUGAAUGCAGUGAAUGUAGGAAGCGCUUCAGUAAGAAACCAAGUCUCAUUAAACAUCAAAGCAGACAUAUAAGAGACAUAGCCUUUGGCUGUGGUAAUUGUGGCAAAACCUUUCCCCAGAAGUCUCAGUUUAUUACACAUCACAGAACUCACACGGGAGAAAAACCUUAUAAUUGUAGCCAGUGUGGGAAAGCCUUCUCCCAGAAGUCACAGCUCACAUCCCAUCAGCGGACACAUACAGGAGAGAAACCAUAUGAGUGUGGUGAAUGUGGGAAAGCCUUCUCCCGGAAGUCACAUCUCAUAUCGCAUUGGAGAACACACACAGGAGAGAAACCCUAUGGAUGCAGUGAAUGUGGGAGGGCCUUUAGUGAAAAGUCCAAUCUCAUUAACCAUCAGAGAAUUCAUACCGGUGAGAAACCUUUUGAAUGCAGGGAGUGUGGGAAAGCCUUCAGCAGGAAGUCACAACUCGUUACACAUCACAGAACUCACACAGGAACAAAACCCUUUGGAUGUAGUGAUUGUAGAAAAGCUUUCUUUGAGAAGUCAGAGCUUAUUAGACAUCAGACAAUUCAUACUGGAGAGAAACCCUAUGAAUGCAGCGAGUGUAGGAAAGCAUUUAGAGAGAGGUCGAGUCUCAUUAAUCAUCAGAGAACUCACACAGGAGAGAAACCUCAUGGAUGCAUUCAGUGUGGGAAGGCAUUCUCCCAGAAGUCACAUCUCAUAUCACAUCAGAUGACACACACAGGAGAAAAACCCUUUAUAUGCAAUAAAUGUGGGAAAGCCUUCAGCAGGAAAUCACAGCUCGUUAGACAUCAGAGAACUCAUACAGGAGAAAAACCAUAUGAAUGCAGUGAGUGUGGGAAAGCUUUCAGUGAAAAAUUAAGUCUCACUAAUCAUCAGAGAAUUCAUACAGGAGAGAAACCAUAUGUAUGCAGUGAAUGCGGGAAAGCCUUUUGUCAGAAGUCACAUCUCAUAUCACAUCAGAGGACACAUACAGGAGAGAAACCCUAUGAAUGCACUGAAUGUGGGAAGGCCUUUGGUGAGAAGUCAAGUCUUGCAACUCAUCAGAGAACUCAUACUGGAGAAAAACCGUAUGAAUGCAGGGACUGUGAAAAAGCUUUCUCCCAGAAAUCACAGCUAAAUACCCAUCAGAGAAUUCACACUGGAGAGAAACCCUAUGAAUGCAGUCUUUGUAGGAAAGCUUUUUUUGAGAAGUCGGAGCUAAUUAGACAUCUGAGAACUCAUACAGGAGAAAAACCUUACGAAUGCAAUGAAUGUAGAAAAGCCUUCAGGGAGAAGUCAAGUCUCAUCAAUCAUCAGAGAAUACAUACAGGAGAGAAGCCUUUUGAAUGCAGUGAGUGUGGCAAAGCUUUCUCUCGGAAGUCCCACCUUAUACCACAUCAAAGGACACAUACAGGUGAGAGACCCUACGGAUGCAGUGAAUGUAGGAAGGCCUUCUCUCAGAAAUCACAGCUGGUUAAUCAUCAGAGAAUUCAUACAGGAGAGAAGCCUUAUCAAUGCAUUGAAUGUGGGAAAGCUUUCUCACAGAAGUCACAGCUCAUCAAUCAUCAGAGAACUCAUACAGUAAAAAAAUCCUAGAAAUACAGUUAAUAGUAGUCUUUGACAGAUCAUCUUGGACUUCAGAAAAUACAAUUGUGAUAACGUUUUUAGACAGUCACAUUGUGUUAUGUGUCUGUACUCCUUGAGGGUGAGAACUCUAAAUGAGGUGGUAUAUGGAAAGCUGAUCUUAAUUCAUAGAGUGAACCUAUGAAUGCAGUGCAUCUCAACAACUUUUCAAACCAUAGUCAAGCCUUACAGAGUAGAACAUUCACAGCAAAGAAGAAUCGUGUGAAUAUCAAAAAGCCUUCCAGAAGUCAAGUCUCCUAAGCUAUUAGACAUAUUCCCACUGGGGAUGAGGGAAAACCCCAUGAAUGCAGGAAAUGAGGCAAUAUUUUUAAGAAAUGACAAUUCAUUGUACAUAAGGAAAUGCCCUUAGGAAUGAAGUUCUAUGAAAGUACUAAAUAUGGGAUAGUGCAACAAGUAACUAAACUAUUUUGUAUCUUGGAGAAUUCAUAUUAUGGAGAAUCUAACAAUUUAAAGACACUGGGAACACUUGCCCCUCAGUAUAGUACUGUCAAGGGAAGCCAUACACUUUUUGUAGACGUGGGUACCAAAAAUACCCAAUUCUAAGUGGUUGACAGUUGUUCACUUUGAAGUGUGAAGUUUUAAAAAUAUGUGAAUAAA